UCAUUUUGCAUAAAUGUUGUUGUUUUACAAAUGGAUACCUGUCUCACUUUGAAAUACAGAUUUUGCAGAAGUAUUUGAAAACUUCAGAUUUCCAUUCUAAAUGCAGCAAAGUUCUCUACUUGGAAAAUGUGUUCAAUUUUUCGCAAUCGCAUUAAUUACCGUGGAACACCUAGUAGCAACUCGCCUGGUAGUCCACCCAUAUUAACCAAAGAUUUAGAAGCCGAUAGUAAUAAUAACGAUAAUGACAACAACAUAAUGUCAAGAAAAACAGAAAGUCCACAAGAAACUAGGGAAAGCAAUAGCAAAUCUCCAGAAGUAGAUCAUGAAAACAAUGAUUGCGUUGAAGAGCAUGCAGAUGACAACGAGGAGGGCGAAAGAAUACAACAUAAAGAUAAUGAGGAAGCGGAUAGGGAUACAACGAAGGAGAAAUUAAAUAAAGAUGAAGCCUUGGAUUUAUCAGUGUUACCCAAUGGCUUACCAAUCAAAGGUCAUGUCUCGCUAGAAGCUCUGCAGCACACCAAAGUAGCGGUUGCUCAAUUUGCGGCCUCAGCUUUAGCCCAGACUCCCUACUUUGGUGAGGGACCCAAUGAUUUGACGACCAUAUUAAAUGUACAGCGGCAGCAUUUAAUGCAAUUACAAUUUAUACAGCAUUUACAAAGUCAAUUGAAAAGAAGAGAUCAGGUAAGAGAGUGCGGCGAAGAGGAUGAUGGCCAGGAAGAGGAAGACGAUCGGGAGAGAGAAGAUAUUGUGGAUGGCAUGGAUGAAGAGGUCGAUGAAGAAGGCCUCAAUGAAGAAUAUCUGCAGCAAGAAGAAUUAGAUCUAAGUCAAAGAAAGUUGGAGCUAAGAAAAACUACCGAUGACAAAAAUAAAAAUGGUUUAGAGUCUAAUAAAUUUUUAAGAGAAGAGAAAUUAAAGACUGAUAAGAAUGUUUUAAGUAAAAGUCCAAAAGAACCCGAGGACAAAGUGCAAUCACCAAACUAUCAGCCCCUGUUAAGUGGCAUCAGUUCUUCGUUAGCUUCUACAAUUAUAACCAAUCAUGAUCCUAUACCCCCGCCUCACGAACCCAAUUGCUUAGAAAUGUUGCAGAGACGAACAGAAGAAGUCUUGGAUUCAGCCUCGCAGAGUUUACAUGCCUCCCAAAUGCAAGAGGAAUAUGAAUACAUACAAAAGGAUGGCCAGGGUAGAGGAGAAAUAUUUAAACAUCGCUGUAAAUAUUGUGGCAAAAUAUUUGGAUCGUUUUCAGCCCUGCAAAUACAUUUGAGAUCGCAUACAGGAGAAAGGCCUUUCGUGUGCAACGUGUGUGGCAGUAAAUUUACGACCAAAGGUAAUCUAAAGGUGCAUUAUCAAAGACAUACACAAAUAUACCCGCCCAUUUUAAUGCCACCAGGUGUAGGGCCACCUUUAGAGAUGCCACCAUCAAUGAGAGAGCCUUUAGGACCACAAUCUCAACAUCAGCAUCAUCACCAUCAUCAGCAUCCCCAUCAUCAACCACCACCUCUGCCACCUCCCCCUCCCUCAGCUAUGAGCAAUUUAAAUAAUAUGCCAUUGAGAUUGCCCUUUAACGAAAAGCCUUUAACGAAAGAUGCAGAGGACAACAAUGAAAUUCCUAUCAAUACCAAAGAACGUGAAAUUGAAAUUAGUAUAGACGAUCAUGAAAAGGAGUCAACUCCAGAAAUCUCUAAACCUGUAGAUGAACAUCCCGAAGAUUUGAGUAAGCCAACAAAAGAGGAAGAGCCAAAACCCAAACCAUUGGUUAGAGUUAAAACUCCUCAAGCUUUAAUGGAACCUGCAGCAGAGUUGGCCAGUGAAAAGCCUGAUAGACCCGCUAUGUCUGUGACACCAAAACGUUCUAAUUCACAGAGAAAGCGCAGUUCUACAGCUGGAACUCCACCACAUGAGCUGAGAAAAAUUAGCAUGGACACAGAUAUACCGGAGCAUCAUUUAUCUAAACUUUACAGAAGAUCAUCCCUAAGUCGCAAUAGCAGCUUGGAACAUUUAUCGGGGGACUUUUGUCAGGUUGAGCAAUUUGUAGACAAAUCAUGGGAAGAUCUAAUAGAAAUAGAUACCACAUCAGAGACUUCCAAACUGCAGCAGUUGGUCGAUAAUAUUGAGAACAAGUUAACAGAUCCUAAUCAAUGUAUAUUCUGUCAGAAAGUCAUGUCUUGCCGCAGUUCAUUACAAAUGCAUAUACGAACUCACACAGGUGAGAGACCGUUUCGGUGUAAAAUCUGUGGCCGGGCUUUUGCAACGAAGGGUAAUUUGAAGGCUCACAUGAGCAUACAUAAGAUCAAGCCUCCAAUGCGUUCUCAAUUCAAGUGUCCAGUUUGUCAUCAAAAGUUUUCCAAUGGCAUAAUACUGCAACAACACAUACGUAUACAUACCAUAGAUGAUGGCUCGGGUGGUUGUGGUUCCCAAUUGGUUGGUCAAUCGAGUGAAAUGGCCGCCGCUAUUGCCGAACACAACAAUAGAAUGCGCGCUCAUAUGGAAGCGGCCAUACUGGAAGAUCAAAAUUCCAAUAAAUCUUUAGGUGCUUCCGAAAAUUUGGACUUUUCAACCACCUCUGAAUAUUCGGGACAAAGAUCGGAAUCAUCACAAGGCGAUUUUGAUGAAUACAUGACAAUGGAGAGUACCGAUGACUCCAGAGAGAACUCAACUUCGGUAACGCCUUUGGAUAAAAGAAUCUCCGAAGAUGGUGAAGACAAACUAGAUCAAGAUGGCGAAAGAUCAGAGUCUGUAACGCAAGCAAUCGAUUUAACAGCACGAAAUGGUUCUCAACAGACACAAAAAGCUUUGGACCAUUUGCCCCAUUUAAUGGGUAUGCCUCAUAAUCUUUGGUUAAUGGCGGCUGCCAGAGAGGAGAUACAGAAUUUAGGAAAUCAUGGCAAAUUUCCACUAUUACCAUUUGGACCUUUAGGAUUUAUGGGUUUACCACCUCAGGCCCAUAUCUGCCAACUGUGCUUUAAAUUAUUUCCGAGUCCCUCGGCAUUGGAAACACAUUUUCAAAAUGAUCACACCAAAGAUGCUGCUGCUGAUAAUACGGCUGCGGUCCCAACAUCAUUAUCAUCGUCAUCAUCAAUAUCACUAGCCACAAACUCAUCGUUAGCGAUUACGUCAGCCGCGAAUGCUAAUGAUGGCAGUGCUACCGAUUCAAUGGCAAUUGAGAAUUUUGAUAAAAAUUGUGAUACAACAGCUGAGACAGCGGCGUCACCAAUGCCCUUCAAUAAUAAGCUUUCAUUGAAUCCCAAUUUAUUCCAUAAAUUCCAAACACCCUCCGAGGAAGAUCAAAAUUCCCGCAAAACCCCCUUUGAGCGCAGAAGCAGUCAUAGCAAUGAAGAUGCUCGAGAGCUGCAGAAUAAAAUGCAAGAUUUGGAACCUCUUAAAAAUCACAUCAAAUCCGAACCCUUUAUGGACGGCGAAGAUACAGCACCCAAAUCUCCUCACAUGAUCGACGACAUGGACGAUGAGGAUGAUGUAUUUCGAAAUUCCUCUACACCGCCUUCUGUCUAUGCACCACACGCUUCUGCGCUAAAUCAUCCUCAUGCGGAUAAUUCAGAGCAUUCUCUUAUGAAAAUGCAAAUGCUAACAACAAUUCCUCAUCAAUUUUCGAACUCCCAUCCCACGAUGCCCUCCCACAUAGAAGCUCAUCGUUUUCCAGCCACUCCACUCGAUUUUCAACAGGCUCUGAUGUCAGUGGGCCCACCCACAUCCAGCCUAGAUCCUCCUGUUAAUAAUAAACAUUUCUGUCACAUAUGCCGGCGUAAUUUCAGCUCCAGUUCUGCGCUGCAGAUACACAUGCGCACGCACACGGGUGAUAAACCGUUUCAGUGUAAUGUGUGCCAGAAAGCUUUCACUACCAAAGGAAAUUUAAAGGUUCAUAUGGGCACUCAUAUGUGGUCGAAUCCGACAUCUCGUAGGGGCCGACGAAUGUCUUUGGAAUUGCCUAUGCAUAGACCUGGCGGAAGUUUAGCUUCAGAAUCGGAUUUUUUACCCAGACGACCGGAUAUAUUCUUUCCAUAUCUACCGCCAUUUUUUAAUGGCUUGCCACCAAAGCCUGGCGAUUUGAAUUCUACACCGCCAUUUCCUCCCCACAUAACGCCUCAACACUUAGCCAAUGGCUCUGCUGGACCUCCCAAAUACCCUCCAGGUUUACCCAUGGGAUUUCCACCAUUUCUACAGCCUCCCUACAACUUUAACCCACUGCUAAAUCAAUCAUCCACAUCAUCAUCGUUAGAACGACAAACGAAUGCGAAAACGCCUCUGAGUUUGGAGCGUGACGAAGAAGAACCAAAGAACCCAACACAUCCAUCGCCCAAACAUCACAACACACACAUGUCAGCAGACAAAGAAGAUUCUCCAACGAUCUCAUCGGCCUGGAAUCCAAUGAUAAAAAUUAAAACUGAAAACAAUCAAAAUGAUAUUAAUCAUCUUGUAGAUCAUAAUGCAGAGUGUAGUAAUCAAGAUUAGUUUAGCAACAACUAAAUAUAUAAAUAAAACAAUUACAUAAAUUAAAAAUAAAACUAAUUAUACAUAAAUAAAUAAGUAGUAACGA